GCAGUGAUGGCGGCGGCUGUGGUGACGGCGGCAGCGACGGUCCCAACGCCGGCGACCAGCGCGGACGGUGCCUCCUCAGUGCACUGGUUCCGCAAAGGGCUGCGGCUCCACGACAACCCGGCGCUGCUGGCGGCCGUGCGCGGGGCGCGCUGCGUGCGCUGCGUUUACAUCCUUGAUCCCUGGUUCGCGGCCUCCUCCUCAGUGGGGAUCAACCGAUGGAGGUUCCUCCUGCAGUCGCUGGAAGAUCUGGACACGAGUUUACGGAAACUGAACUCCCGCCUGUUUGUAGUCCGGGGACAGCCAGCCGACGUGUUCCCAAGGCUAUUCAAGGAAUGGGGGGUGACCCGCUUGACUUUUGAAUAUGACUCUGAGCCCUUUGGGAAAGAACGGGAUGCAGCCAUUAUGAAGAUGGCCAAGGAAGCUGGGGUGGAGGUGGUGACUGAGAACUCUCAUACCCUCUACGACCUGGACAGGAUCAUCGAGCUGAACGGGCAGAAGCCGCCGCUCACCUACAAGCGCUUCCAGGCCAUCAUCAGCCGCAUGGAGCUGCCCAAGAAGCCAGUGGGUGCGGUGAGCAGCCAGCAGAUGGAGAACUGCAGGGCCGAGAUCCAGGAGGACCACGAUGACACCUACGGCGUGCCCUCCCUGGAGGAGCUGGGGUUCCCCACUGAAGGUCUCGGCCCAGCUGUCUGGCAAGGCGGAGAGACCGAAGCUCUGGCCCGCCUGGAUAAGCACUUGGAACGGAAGGCCUGGGUUGCCAACUAUGAGAGACCCCGAAUGAAUGCCAACUCCCUGCUGGCCAGCCCCACGGGCCUCAGUCCCUACCUGCGCUUCGGCUGCCUGUCUUGCCGCCUCUUCUACUACCGCCUGUGGGACCUGUAUAAAAAGGUCAAGAAGAACAGCACACCUCCCCUCUCCCUGUUUGGGCAACUCCUGUGGCGAGAGUUCUUCUACACGGCAGCCACCAACAACCCCAGGUUUGAUCGCAUGGAGGGGAACCCCAUCUGCAUCCAGAUCCCCUGGGACCGCAACCCUGAGGCCCUGGCCAAGUGGGCCGAGGGCAAGACAGGCUUCCCCUGGAUUGACGCCAUCAUGACCCAACUGAGGCAGGAGGGCUGGAUCCAUCAUCUGGCCAGGCACGCUGUGGCCUGCUUCCUCACCCGCGGGGACCUCUGGGUCAGCUGGGAGAGCGGGGUCCGGGUGUUUGACGAGCUGCUCCUGGAUGCAGACUUCAGCGUGAACGCAGGCAGCUGGAUGUGGCUCUCCUGCAGUGCUUUCUUCCAGCAGUUCUUCCACUGCUAUUGCCCUGUGGGCUUCGGCCGCCGCACGGACCCCAGCGGGGACUACAUCAGGCGGUACUUACCCAAAUUGAAAGGCUUCCCUUCUCGAUACAUCUAUGAGCCCUGGAACGCCCCAGAGUCAAUUCAGAAGGCAGCCAAGUGCAUCAUUGGCGUGGACUACCCACGGCCCAUCGUCAACCACGCGGAGACCAGCCGGCUCAAUAUCGAGCGAAUGAAGCAGAUCUACCAGCAGCUCUCACGCUACCGCGGACUCUGUCUGCUGGCAUCUGUCCCUUCCUGUGUGGAAGACCUCAGCCACCCUGUGGCAGAGCCUGGCUCGAGCCAGGCUGCCAGCACCUCCAGCACAGGCCCCAGACCACUACCCAGUGGCCCAGCAUCCCCCAAACGCAAGCUGGAAGCAGCUGAGGAGCCGCCUGGUGAAGAACUCAGCAAACGGGCAAGGGUGGCAGAGUUGCCCACCCCAGAGCUGCCAAGCAAGGACGCCUGAGACUGCUGAGCCACUGCUCCCUGAGCAAAGCCCAGGUGCCCGAGCAGCCACCACGGCCGCAGAGUGCAACCUACAGAGAAGCCGAUUACCUCGGAGAUGGAGCGAGCGUGUGUGUGCGUGUGUGCCGGGAGGGCGAGGUGUGCUGUUUGCGUGUGCAUGCGUCUGUCUACACUCGUGGUCCUGAAUGCUGCCUGGGCUGCAGGAGCAUCUGAGCUCCCCUCCCCACGAGUGCAGCUUCCUGCUCUCCAGAUGUGGGGCUCGAGGUCUCCAGCAGUGGCGCUGAGACCUGUCCCUACCUGCCCCUGCCUUGUCCGAAUAGAGCACAGUGGUAGGACCCCAGCUGGACUCUGGCCACUGCCUCCCCACUCCUCCCUUCCUCCUCACACAGACAGAGGAGCAGGAGGGCCACAUUUUUGGCACUUGUUCAAAACAUGGGAUUCUCGAGGCAGCCAGAGUCCUGCUGAGUUCUUGACUCUCUGAGGCUGGAGGCUGGGCAGGCUGCGGCGGAUGGGUGCUGUACAGACUGAGCCACCCGCCUUCUUAUUUUAAAACUCCCUGGGCAUCUGGAACUGAGCACGAGGCCGUAGACAGAUCUGAAAAGUUCCCACCAUCGUACAGAAGGACACCUGAGUGCCUGACUGGCACAGUGUGUGUCUGGCACUGGGGAGGGUAGCGUGUGACAGCACAUCGGCCUUCUCAGGACUAAGAACCCAAGGCCACGGUGAGAGUCCGUUUCUCACUGUUCCUUCCCUAGAAGAUGAGAGUCAACCUCAGCCUCUACCCAAGAGCUGUGCAGGGACCAGGGUCAGAAUCAGUCCCUCCAGCAGGAGGAGACCAGGUCCAGGUGGCUUAAGGUCCUCAGGCUCCUCUGGCCACACUCCAAGGCACUAUGGUGCUCCAGGGAGGACAGCUGGUGCCAGCCAGGGAAGUUGGCUGCUCUUGGUUUCUAGACUUGCAGGGCCAGCUCUGAACUGCUCAGCUGUCCCAGUAGCUGGACUCCAAAGACAAGGGACUGAGGGGUGGGACUGCCAGGGCGGUCAGCAGAAGUACACACUGAGCUCACACUCGGCACGCCAUCCCGAAGCAGCAGGUGGGAGGUUUGGAUCAGAGACGCCAUGCCUGGCAUUCCAGGAGCAGCCGGCCUCCCACCUCGGCCUCCCACUGCCCAAGGCCUGUGUUGAGGACUGUGUGGUCAACUAGAGCAAGUCUUCCUUCCACCCUGUGGCCUGCACUUGAGCCACAAAUUGUUUGUCUGUGCGUGUGCACGUGCGUGUGUGUGCACAAAGCUGAAAGGCUAGUUCCUGUUAGGAUUUUUGUUUUCACAUGUUACAUUAAGCUGGCCUCUAGGCCUUUACCUCCCCUGGGACCUUUCCUAGCUUCCAAGUUGUUAACUCCCUUGGCCCUGGCCCUGACUGUCCUCUGUCCCUGGGGCCAGGCUCCUGUCUCCUGGAGCUGUCCAGCAUACUGACAGGCUUCUUCCUGAGAUGUCCUCAGGUUUUCUCAGCAGAAAGAUGCCUUUAGAGUCCAGCUGUUGUAUGUUUGUCACCCUCACUAACAUGUCCCAUAAUCACAUGGGGAAAGCAGCGCAGGUGAUGGUGCUUCAGAGCACUGGGUUGAGGGCUUCCCUGUUCCCUCAGCCCCCACCAGGAGGAAGGAGAAUGGGGGUCUGCUGCUGGCGAGGAGCGGGCCUGGGAGAGCUGGUCUGAGAAACAGGAGGUCCAGCACUGAGGGGUGCACUCAGCAUUUAUUUAGCAGGCAUUUCACCCAUCAGGACGGCUCUCUUCCUGCCUAUUUGCUGAUGACUCUUCCCUAAGGUACAAAUUGUCAAGACCGAGUCCCCUAGUUCGCCAUUCCUGGCAUGCUGGCCCAUUCCAGGACAGCCUUUCAGUGGCCUGGAGCUCCAUGGUGGCUUCGCAUUGCCCUUCUCCUAACCCAGGUGGCCAGGAGGGCUGCCACAGAGCAAAGCCCUGAAUCCUAAUCCGAGGGCCAGGUGGGGAGGAGAUGGUCAUAGGAAGAGUGCACUUCAUGGAGCUUUCCUGUUGCUGGAGAGUGUGUCGCUCCCGCAGUUGGUGAAUAUUCACUUGUUUUAUAAACGUCUAACCUGA